AUGAAAAAGCGAUCCUAUAGCAUCUUUCUCUACCCAUUAACAGUAUGCGCCUUGAUCCUGGUAGUCUUCUGGCAACAGACCAACACGCCAGACCCACUGCACUUUAUUUCCCCGAAGAUUUCCCCUGCAGCAUAUCCAGCAAAUCCAGCAAAUCAAUCACACCAGACAAACACCAACCCUGAUGCUCUCCGUCCAAGCAUACAGCUCCAUCCAGAAGACCACAUCCACCGCGCCCCGACCACCCAACACCUAGAUUGGACCGUAACAGCAGAGGGCAUCCGUCCAGAUGGGGUACUUAAGCGCGUCUAUCUAAUUAAUGGUGCAUUUCUCCUCUUCCUGUACCUCACACCUCCAACGCUAACAACAACAGGCCUCUUCCCCGGCCCAACAAUCGAAGCCCUAUCCGGCGACAAUCUAAUCAUAAACGUCACCAAUGCACUCCAAGAUGUGCCAUUUACCAUCCACUGGCAUGGCCUCCACAUAGCUAACUCAAUGGACGGUGUAGCCGGCGUCACACAAUGCGCCAUCCCCCCAGGCUCAUCGUUCAUCUACAACGUCUCCAUCCCGUCUGACCAGAGCGGUACGUUCUGGUAUCACGCCCAUACAGGACUAGCCCGCGCAGACGGGCUCUACGGGGGUUUAGUCGUGCAUGCCCCGUCUGGGGCCGGCGUAGCAUCGGAAGGAAUUCACGAUGCAAGUGAUGGAGAUAUGCUCCUCCUCAUCGGAGACUGGUACCAUCAGCCUGCGGAGGAGGUCAUGGAGUGGUAUAUGCAGCCGGCGUCGUUUGGGAAUGAGCCCGUCCCAGACUCCCUCCUCAUCAACGGUGCAGGUAUCUUCAAUUGCUCAAUGGCAGUCCCUGCACGGCCUGUUGAUUGCGUUGAUCAUCAUUCUAUGAGUCUGCCGUAUCUGCAUCCUGGGGAUGAUACGUAUAGAGUACGGAUUGUCAAUACGGGAUCAUUAACAGGGCUCACCAUCACUUUCGACAAUAUGGACGUGACCCUCAUCGCAGUGGACAGUAUCGCUGUUGAUCCGCUAGAUGCUGCUCAUCCUAGCUCGCUGGGCGUUCUGUAUCCGGGCCAGAGGAUGGAUGUUCUUCUUAGACGAUCUACCAGCGCGAGCACAGAUGGAGUGUCUGCAUCUGCGUUGAGAAUUGACCUGGAUGAGGAGUAUCUCGCCAUCCGGCAUAACGCUCCCUACGGCUUCUUCAACGGCACGUCGUGGCUACCGCAGCGUGAGCCGCGGGUUCCAGUUGCUGCGUUGGAUAGGAAGUUGUGGGAUGAGAAUCAGUUUGGGGUUGGGGUUCCGUACUCUGGUUCUGGUGCUGGCGAUGACUCCCCCAGUGCGGAGGUAGAGCGGGAUGGAGACAGCGGAGAACAGUGGGUCGACCUAGUAGUCAACAACCUCGACGACGGGGGUCAUCCGUUCCAUUUGCACGGCCACCACUUCUACAUCCUCAGCACCCACGAAUCCCGCACAGGCUGGGGCUCUUUCAACCCUUUCACCCCCUCAGAUUCCACCUCCCCCUCCACCCCGAAACAACAAUAUGAUCUAUCAAAAGCCAUGCUCCGCGACACAGUCUACAUCCCGCGGCGCGGGCACGCCGUGCUGCGCUUCAAGGCGAAUAACCCCGGCGUGUGGAUGUUCCAUUGUCAUAUAUUGUGGCAUUUGGGGAGUGGGAUGGGGAUGUUGGUUGAUGUUGGUUAUGAUCGAAGGAAUAAUACUUUGGGAGAUAAUGGUGGGGUUUCAGGGGAGGUUUGUGUGGUGUGA